GACCGCAUGCUCGCCGCGGCCAAGGCCAGCGACUGGGGCGCGGUGCGGGCGGAGCUCGACAUCGGAGGGGUCAUAAGCGCCAGCGAGGAGGGCACGCAGCUCACGUGCCUCAUGUGCGCUGUGGUGCACUGCGAUGUGGAGGCGGCGGCCAUGCUGCUCGAGCGGAAGGCGCCCCCCGACCAGCGCGACGCCGUCGGCUGGACCGCGGCGCAUUUCGCGGUGCAGACGGGCAGCGUGGAGCUCGUGUCCGCCCUGUGGCAUUACG